CGCCAACGCGACCUCGUAGAAAAUUUUGGAAAUAUUUUUUUCGUUGGAGAAGAGGAAGAGGAAGUCUUUCCUGGAAAAAUUGUAAAUUUGUGGCAUUUUGAGCAAUGAGUUCAGGAAGUUCAGUUAAGAAAUACACCAUGGCUGAGGUGGAGAAGCACAAUCAGAGGAAAAAUCUCUGGAUCGUCAUCAAUAAGGGCGUGUAUGAUAUCAGCAAAUUCCAGAAAGAGCAUCCUGGAGGAGAGGAGAUUCUCAUGGAUGUUGCUGGGAAGGAUGCCUCGGAGGAAUUUGAGGAUGUGGGGCAUUCAAAUUCAGCGAGAAAAGAAAUGUUAAAGUAUAAAAUUGGAGAGUUGGCAUGAGACCUACUUUCUCUUGUGCAAAUCUCCCGGAAGCUUUAAGACGAAAUCUCGAUUCCUCAAAUAUGAAUUUAUAAUCACUCAAAGUGACUUAAGGGUUGUAGAUUCCAUGGGAUUAGGUAGCUAAAUGGGGCAUGCAAAAAUUAGUCAAAAAAUAUAUUUUUCACAGAUUUACAAAUUGGAAUAAAUGUGAUAUUCUGGUCAGAAAAAU